ACAAACUAAAACUGGCUCAGAGCAAAAGACCUGCCCCCGAACUCAGAGCUAGAGCCAGAAACUGAGACAUCUAAGUUUUUAGAGAGAAAAGGAGAGCGACCUGUUGGAAUUUACUGCUGAGAUCCAACUUUUAUCUUCAUUUCAUUAGAGGACUUCACAGCAACAAUUUAGACCUGCUCAUAAUUUUAAAACGAGUUUUGCACUGGAUUUGUUAAAUUUUUUUUAACAUUUAUAUAAGUGUGCGUAUUUUUGGGGGGCAGUUUUGUGGAAGUUUAAAGUCUUUGGUUUUGUAGCUCGUAGUGGAAACACGUUAAAGGAUUUAUUUUGUAAAGACUAAGUUAUCAAUUAAUUUUUCCACUUGUCGGAUUUCACAGUUGAAUGAUGUGUUUUUUUUCACGUUUCCAUUGGUUUUAUUACCGUCCUGUGCGCCGUCGCGGCGCAAAGCAUCUGGGAGGAAAGUACAGUUGUACCGGUCAGAUUAGAUCCGGCGACCCGGUCGAUGGGCGAAAACGAACCGUGGCGAACUCUCUCUGCAGAAGAGAAAGAGAAAGAGGCAGAGAUGAGAGUGUACCGGUUGGACGUAUUUGGCAAGCAGUUAGUUUUGCAGCUAGAGCCAGACCAGACCUUCUUAGCGCCUGGGUUUGUCUUCCACGUUGUGGGGACUCCCGAGACCGAACCAAUACAAGAAUCCAAGAGCGGUGCCGAACCGGGCUGCUUCUUCUCUGGCUCGGUAAACGGAGAGGAGCACUCAGCUGCGGCGCUCAACCUCUGCCACGGACUCAGGGGCGGAUUCUACUUUCAGGGUGAAGAAUACUUUAUCCAGCCCCGAAACUCGAGUGACUUCCUGGGCACCGAAGAGGAGGAUGUCCAUAUGAUUCGCCGGAGAAGCCGCGCGCCUUUGGCUGGGGAGGGCAGCUCCAAAUGCGGGGUCAACGAGGACGAAGAGAGGGUGCCAAAAAAUCUGGAGAAAGAGGCCAGUCACGGAGCCACUAACGCAGACCAGACAGUCCACCACAGGACCAGGCGCUUCGUUUCCACUCCUCGCUACCUGGAGAUAAUGCUGGUGGCCGACCAGUCCAUGGCUGAGUUCCACGGUUCGGGGCUUAAACCUUACCUCCUAACCAUAAUGGCAGUGGCAUCCCGCCUAUACCGCCACCCCAGCAUCCUCAACUCCAUCACCCUGGCUGUGGUGAAGCUGCUGGUGGUGUAUGAAGAGGAGCGAGGCCCUGAGGUGUCAUCCAACGCUGCCAUGACCCUCCGCAACUUCUGUCAGUGGCAGCGCCAGCACAACCCACCAAGCGACCGCCACCCAGAGCACUACGACACCGCAAUACUUUUUACCAGAACGGAUCUGUGUGGUGCCCAUUCAUGUGACACCUUGGGUAUGGCUGAUGUUGGCACAGUGUGUGACCCUGAGAGAAGCUGUUCUAUUAUUGAAGAUGAUGGACUGCAAGCAGCAUUUACAGUGGCACACGAGCUUGGUCAUGUCUUCAACAUGGCUCAUGAUGAUGCCCAGCUGUGCUCUGGGGUCAAUGGUGCCCACUGGGGUUCCCACAUGAUGGCUUCCACCCUGUCCAACCUGGACCAGCAGCAGCCAUGGUCUCCCUGCUCUGCCCUCAUGGUCACCACCUUCUUGGACAACGGCCAUGGUCAGUGCCUGCUGGAUAAGCCGGUCAAGCCUCAGCCGCUCCCACAGCCCCUGCCGGGGACGGUCUACGACGCCGAUCAUCAGUGUCGCUUGACUUUUGGUGAAGACUCCCAGCACUGCCCUGACCUGAGCAGUGUGUGUGCGGCUCUGUGGUGCACUGUGACUACAAGUAAUGGUUUACUGGUGUGCCAGACGAAGAACUUCCCCUGGGCUGAUGGGACGCCAUGUGGGAAUGAGAACUACUGCCUGGCUGGACAGUGUCUCACAAAGAGCCAGGCUGCCAAACACCAGAUUCCUGUUAAUGGAGGCUGGGGUGUGUGGGGUCCCUGGGGUGACUGCUCCCGAACCUGUGGCGGAGGAGUGCAAUAUUCCUAUCGCGCCUGUGACAACCCUUUACCAAAGAAUGGAGGCAAAUUCUGUGAGGGUAAAAGGAUCCAGUACCGCUCCUGCAAUACAGAGGCCUGCCCUGAUACCAAUGGAUUGUCCUUCCGUGAGGAGCAGUGUCUGGCCCACAACGACAUGUCAGCUCAGGUAUCGCUGGGUUCAGGCGAAGGUGUUGAGUGGGUGCCCAAAUAUGCUGGGGUUUCACCCAAAGACCGCUGUAAGCUGGUUUGUCGUGCCAAGGGAACUGGAUACUUCUUUGUCCUCAAAUCUAAGGUGGCCGAUGGAACGCCCUGCAGCCCAGAUUCCACCUCUGUUUGUGUGCAAGGCCAGUGCGUAAAGGCUGGAUGUGAUCGUGUCAUCGGCUCUAACCAGCGUUUUGAUAAAUGUGGUGUGUGUGGUGGAGAUGGAUCUACUUGCAAGAAAGUUUCCGGCUCCCUGGAACGUGCCAGGCCUGGUUAUCAGGAUGUUGUAACUAUCCCUGCUGGUGCCACCCACUUGGACAUCAAACAACGUGCUCCAGGCAACAGUCGUCACGAUAACAGCUACUUGGCGGUCCGUCGGCAAGAUGGAACGUAUCUGUUAAAUGGCGAUUACAAACUGAUGACCAUGGAGACGGACAUUGCCCUGCGAGGGGCACAUUUGAGAUACAGCGGCUCCUCCGCCAGCCUGGAGCGCAUCAGAAGCUUCACCCCCCUCCCCGAGCCACUAACUAUCCAGGUGCUGUCUGUAGGGGAGGCCCCGAGGCCACGGGUGAAGUAUAGCUACUUUGCCCCUAGACCAACCAAUGCCGCUUCAGGCUCCAGCAGCAAUGAAGGCCGUCGCCAGUCAAUUAAUGCCAUCCGGGAGGUAGGUGGUGCUGAGUGGACCCUGAGGGAAUGGGGCCCAUGUUCCCAGACCUGCGGAGGAGGUAUACAACAAAGAGAAGUUGUGUGCCUGGACCCCCAGGGACGUCCAUCCAGAGACUGCCCAGAGGAACUCCGACCUUUGGCCUCCCGGUCCUGCUCCACCCAGCCAUGCCCCUCCUGGCUUCUGGGAGAGUGGUCGGUAUGCUCUAAGACCUGCGGCCGAGGCUUCCGCAAGCGUCCGCUGCGCUGCAUCGGACACGAUGGGCACACGUUAACCAAUGACAGCUGUGACCCCAAAGACCGGCCACGACCCCUACUGGAGCUAUGCAAUCAGAGUGCCUGCUAAGGACUGCAUCCAGACUUUAUUCUCCAACAGAGACCCUGAAAAGAGGCCGAUGCAUGUUUACAUCCAGAGCUAGAGAGCCGCAGAUGAGUCCACAGUAAUUGUGACUGCAAUUACCAAUAUUUAUCCACUCCCUCCAUCCAUAUUGGGGCCAAAUACAAACAUCAGUGGCACAACCAUCUCAGAUCAUAGAUCUGUUAAGGGGAAACACACAGACAUUUCUGACUUUCCCUAAAAGAGCAUGCUGCUUCCCAUGCUAAUGUCAAGCUUGUGUGUGAGUUCGAUUACCUUGUUUUUUUAAUGCAUGUAUGUUUGUCCAAGCUGGGCUGGACAAACAAAGAUUGGGGUGGGUGAGGUUAUUGCAGAGUUUAUAAAGAAACAAAUGAAAGAGAAUAGCUCAUGAUCUACUUGCUCACCCCAUCAGGUAUGGAAAUAAGAUAGCUCAUUGUUUGUAUGUUCAAACUUCAGUCCACAUUUAUUUAUCACAAACCUAAAGCACUUCAUCUUUUUUUUUUGUUUGUUUGUUUUUGUUUUUUGCCAGUGGCACAUUUUAUCACCCAGUUUCUCAAAAAUGUCUCAGUACUUUGUCUAUUAGCCAUAUCUUGCCCUCUCCUACACAGCCUUUAAUGAGGGAACUCUUCAAAGACCAAAGAGGACUGUGUGAGUGUGUGUGUGUGUACAUGUGUCAGAGUGUGUGUGGGUGUGUGUGGAGACCUAAAGAGGGACUUGUCUCCUGCUACUACUUCAUAAGUAAGUCUCUCCUGCCUUCUGCGAAGGCUUUGUUUGAUUUUUCACGUGUUCUUUUUUUCCCUUUUGUACAGAAUAUCCAAACUUUAUUUAUUUUUGUACAGCCUGUUAAAUAUAAUCAUGUGGCUUUUUAAUAUUAUUUUUUAUUGAGAUUACAGAAGGAAGUAGAAUAUAUAGAAUAUUUAUACAGUGUUAUAUAUAUAUAUGGUCCUAGGUUCAUAAAUAAAGCAUCACAUUGACUUGUGCA